GUCGGGCCGCGCCGGGCCCGGUGUCCUGGGCUCCAGUCUCGCUACCUCAGCCUGCGCUGCUGGUCCUUCUGGGGGCACAGCACGCCUUGCUGCCGUUAGAGGGGAGCGGCUCUGGCAGGGGACCCUUCCCACUGCCCGACAUUGGGAAAUGCUGUCCGUGCCAGUCUCUUGUCCCGUGUUUCCCUGUGACAUGGCUUUCCUGUAACCUGGUGCUGUGAAGAAAGCUGCGAUGUGGGUUUGGUACUCUGCCUUGUUGCCAUGCGGGGAGCGCCAGUGUGGAAGUAAUGUAGUGUAUUCGAAUACAAUCCUAGGAGAAACUCAUGAAGAAGAGGAUGAGAUCCUUCCACGCAAAGACUAUGAGAGCUUGGAUUAUGAUCGUUGCAUUAAUGACCCAUAUCUGGAAGUUUUGGAGAGCAUGGACAACAAGAAAGCCCGGAGAUACGAAGCAGUGAAGUGGGUGAUGGUUUUUGCCAUUGGAGUCUGCACAGGACUGGUGGGCCUCUUUGUGGAUUUCUUCGUGAGGCUCUUUACCCAGCUCAAGUUCCGGGUAGUACAAAACUCGGUGGAAGAAUGCACUGAGAAGGGGUGUCUUGCCCUGUCACUGCUGGAGCUGCUGGGGUUCAACCUCACCUUUGUCUUUCUUGCCAGUCUUCUGGUCCUGAUCCAGCCUGUGGCAGCCGGAUCAGGAAUUCCUGAGAUUAAGUGCUACUUGAAUGGUGUAAAGGUUCCAGGGGUUGUGCGUCUCCGGACAGUGGUGUGCAAAGCUAUGGGAGUGCUCUUCAGUGUGGCAGGAGGUCUUUUUGUCGGGAAGGAGGGUCCAAUGAUCCACAGUGGUGCUGUCGUGGGCGCGGGUUUGCCACAGUUUCAGAGCAUCUCUUUGAGGAAGAUCCAGUUUAAUUUUCCCUAUUUCCGCAGUGACAGAGACAAAAGGGACUUUGUAUCUGCUGGAGCUGCUGCAGGGGUUGCAGCUGCCUUUGGGGCCCCAAUUGGGGGCACUCUUUUCAGUUUGGAAGAAGGCUCCUCCUUCUGGAACCAGGGACUUACAUGGAAAGUGCUUUUCUGUUCCAUGGCUGCCACCUUCACCCUUAAUUUCUUCCGGUCUGGGAUUCAGUUUGGAAGUUGGGGGUCUUUCCAGCUCCCUGGGCUGCUGAACUUUGGAGAAUUUAAAUGCUCUGAGUCUGAUAAAAAAUGCCACCUCUGGACAGCUGUGGACUUGGGCUUCUUCAUUCUGAUGGGGAUUGUAGGAGGUCUUCUUGGAGCCACCUUCAAUUGCCUGAACAAGAGGCUCGCAAAGUACCGUAUGCGAAACGUUCAUCCCAAACCAAAGCUUGUCAGAGUCUUGGAGAGCCUGCUGGUGUCUCUGACUACUACAGUCGUGGUCUUUGUAGCUUCCAUGGUUCUGGGGGAAUGCCGACAGAUGUCUUCCACCAGUCAUAGUGGCAAUGGUACUCUGAGCUCACAGAGUAUGUCAGAGAACGUGAAUUCAAGCAUCAAAACUUUUUUCUGCCCGAAUGAAACCUACAAUGACAUGGCAACACUCUUCUUCAACCCCCAGGAGUCAGCUAUUCUGCAGCUCUUCCACCAGGAUGGUACUUUCAGCCCAGUCACACUCUCCUUGUUCUUCCUUCUCUAUUUCUUACUCUCCUGCUGGACAUACGGGAUCUCUGUGCCCAGUGGUCUUUUUGUGCCAUCACUGCUUUGUGGGGCUGCCUUCGGACGCCUGGUCGCCAACCUCCUCAAAAGCUAUAUUGGCUUGGAUCACAUCUACUCGGGAACCUUCGCGCUGAUUGGGGCAGCAGCAUUCCUGGGAGGAGUGGUCCGCAUGACGAUUAGCCUGACUGUCAUCCUGAUCGAAUCCACCAACGAGAUCACCUACGGGCUCCCAAUAAUGAUCACCCUCAUGGUAGCCAAAUGGACGGGAGACUUUUUCAACAAAGGCAUCUAUGACAUCCAUGUGAACCUGCGAGGAGUACCCCUCCUGGAGUGGGAAACAGAGGUGGAAAUGGAUAAGCUACGAGCCUGUGACAUCAUGGAACCGAACCUGACAUAUGUCUACCCCCACACCCGAAUCCAGUCCCUUGUCAGCAUCCUGCGCACAACCGUCCAUCAUGCCUUCCCUGUAGUGACUGAGAACCGUGGCAAUGAGAGGGAGUUCAUGAAGGGAAAUCAGCUGAUAAGCAACAACAUCAAAUUCAAGAAAUCUAGCAUCCUUACCCGAGCGGGAGAGCAGCGCAAGCGGAGUCAGUCCAUGAAAUCCUACCCCUCAAGUGAAUUGCGUAACAUGUGCGAUGAGCACAUAACAACAGAGGAGCCACCAGAAAAGGAGGAUCUGUUGCAGCAGAUGCUAGAGAGAAGAUAUACUCCCUACCCCAACCUGUACCCUGACCAGUCACCCAGUGAAGAGUGGACCAUGGAGGAACGCUUCAGACCUUUGACCUUCCAUGGCUUGAUCUUGCGCUCGCAGCUGGUCACCCUCCUUGUCAGGGGAGUUUGUUACUCCGAGAGCCAGUCGAGUGCUAGUCAGCCUCGUCUGUCCCAUGCAGAGAUGUCAGAAGAUUACCCCCGCUAUCCAGAUAUCCAUGACCUGGACCUCACAUUGCUGAACCCUCGCAUGAUAGUGGAUGUCACACCAUACAUGAACCCAUCACCGUUUGCCGUCUCUCCAAACACUCAUGUGUCACAAGUCUUCAACCUGUUCAGGACAAUGGGACUCAGACACUUACCAGUUGUGAAUGCAGUGGGAGAGAUUGUUGGGAUAAUCACUCGGCACAACCUGACCCACGAAUUUCUGCAGGCAAGACUGCGACAACACUAUCAGACCAUUUGAUGCCCCUGCCCACCCUGCCCCACUGUCGGUGUGGCUAUCUCCCUCUUCCAAGCCUGCACACGCGCUCGCAUUCAGCUUGGACCCCACAAGGCCCAAGACUUGCCGUUUGGCUUCUCACACACAUAUCAAGCCUGGGGAACUGGAAAACAUCAUGCUAGCCAGAGAAUUAGAGGAGCUGCCUGAGUCCAGAGCUGUUGACUGGUCUCAAGCACUUGGUUUGACCACUCUUGAUCCAAAUUUUCUCUUCCUGUGCCCCAGCUAUCUCCUUUCAUCAGAUGUUGUCCUAACAUUGUACGUUCUACUAUUUUGUUUUGAGUUGGUUUUUUUUAAGAAGGCUGGAAAAAAAUAUCAUCUAGUUCCACUGUGUCCUGUGCAGAGAAUUGCAGCAUCUUUUCUCUGUCCUUCUCCUCUGUGUCUCCCUUUUCCUCUUCCUCCCUUGUUCCUGCAACUGUUGCCUUAUUUGUGUGAGAAGGGGAUCGGUGCCAAGGCUGAGAGGAGAUGCUGCAGUUUGAAGUUUCAAACAGCUGUUCUGGAGGAUAGCUUGUCUUGAAAGCAGUGUUAAAAAAACAACUCUUUGGAAAUGCAUCUCUCCUUGCCGGUGCUCCAUUGCCCAUAUUUUUUCACUGGCUUGAUGCGUUCCUAAUUUCUUUCCUCCUUUCAGGGGAAAGAGUCCCCUCUAUGACUUUUUUGAUGGCAGCUGACUUCUGAGAGCAUCUCAGUAAGUCAGGAAUCCAAAACUGUUCUGUUCCAAUUACUGUUUAGGUUUAUAAAUGUUUAGUACACUUGCAGAGCAUCUCAGAAGAGGAAGAUCCCUUUUUCCCUGUUAGCUGUUGCUGCUAUUAUCUCCCUGUAAGAGACUCUUCUAAGGCACUUUGUGGUACUCCACUUUCACUACCCUGACACUCCUGCAUUUCCUAGCAUUUAUAAGCACUGCAUCCUGGUACUGCUUCAGCAAUGAGAGCCAAGGACAUCUUUCCAGCUAGGGCUGUAGACCAGGGAACCCUGCUUCCUCAGAGGAUAGGGAAGUGGUAGCAUGGCUUCCUGGAGGCAACUAUAACUGAUAGCCUGUCUCUGUGCUUGGCUAACUUAUCUCUGUGUUGUGAGAGGAGCUCGUGUGACUUCAGAAUACUGUAUAGGAGGGAUACUUGGUGCCAGUGACUGACAGGCAGGACUCUACUGUGGGGUGAUAAGUGGGGCUGUCUGUGGCUCUGAAAAUGCUUGGAAUAAUGUUAACAACUGCAGCAGCCAAAUGUCUGUAAGGGUAAAAUCAGCACUUAGAAGCCAGUUGCAGCCAGCUUGGUGCUUUAGCAGGUACCAUCCUGGCCAGCACCUGUAUUGUUCCAGCAGGCACCUGCCCUUGUGAGUUUUGCAUACAGAUAACCCUCAGCAGGAAGCUAGCGUUGUGCCUCUGGGGGAUGCAGAACUGAUUGGCUUGAUAAAGCACAGUCAUGCUGUCAGCCAAGAGACUGGGCCAAGUAACAUGGGGAAUGUAUCCCAGGGAAAGCUUCUCCACAGCCUCUGAGCAUUCCUAUUAACCUGUUGUCUGCCAUAAGGGGUCUAGCUAAAUGAGUUCUCUGUGGCAGGAGAAUAUCAGACAUUAUUGUAUUUUCUAAAUUCAGGAACUGAUCUACGUUGAAGAUUCUCCUGGCUAAGCGUAGAGAAGUUGUGCUGUUUCAUUAUGUCAGGACACUUAAGCUGUUAAAUCAACCUCUUCAGCUGCCUUUGAGGAAGCUGCUUGUUCCAGGCAGUGCUCUGCUGGCUGAUGAGCUCUACUACAUUUGGGGCUAGGAGGAGGUUUUGUGUCCAGGACAUCAGCCAUGCUCUUCAAGUCACUUUCUGCCAUUGAUGAAGUCCUUGGGUGCCCAUGCGGUCUUUGCAGUCCACCUAGCUGGGGAACAGAUCUGUUCUCUGGCUGUGCUUGUAACACAGACAGCUGAGUCAUGGGAUGCAUUUUAUCCUGCAGAUGAGAGAGAACUUGGUCCUACAGGUAGUUCCUAAGGCAAAGUUUUAGGGUAUAGUUGGUCCUUGUUGUGCAUGGAAAGUUAAGCAUUUAGAUUUGGGGGUUUUUUUGUUCCUUUCUUUUGACAUCUGGAGGCCUUUUCUUUUGGUGUUCUUUCCUUCCUGCCUUCAUGUUAAAAGAGAAAGGGCAGAUCUCUGCUUUAAGAAAUGGAUGUUACAGCCUUUCUGCAAAGGAAGGAAUGAGCUGUGGUAUGUGCUGUGGCAAUUUUUGCAAAAGAAGUUGUGCGUCCCAGGACCCUUCUGUUAAUCAUGGGCACUAUCCAAGACUGGGUGCUGGCCUACCUAAAGAGCAGGGAAUACAGCAUUAUUUUCCCUUUUUUUAUUGUGGGACUCGCAGCAACAACUCGUCUCCACCACUAAAAAUAGCUGGUUUCUGAAAAUCCUAGUUUGCCAGCUCUUAAACUUCCUAGAGUAAAGCAAAGAUGUCUUCCUAGAAACAGUACUUAUCUUGUGUGUUCAACUUGGACUUCUUAACUGGGACAGGAGCAGGAUUGUUGUCAUGAGGGCCCACCUUAUUUAGCAGAGAUGGUUCAUUCCCUGAAUAUCUGUGUGGCACUUAAAGUAAAUCUUACUGUUUGGUUCUAAAUGGCUAUAGGAGUUGGAACUGGCUUCUGCUCUUGACUUGCAAGCUGUUUCCAUGUAAGUCGAGUAAGGAUGUUUGUUUUCUCUGGUUAGUCUGUAAAGAUGGUUUCCAAAGAGCCUGUGUUCCCUGGACUCCAGUCUUGGGCUGAGCUACUAAAAGAAACUACUAGUGCCCCUUUACAAUCCCCAAAGCUGGCCUGAGGGUUUGAAAUAUGCUUCUGUUAACCUGCCUUUCAUUCAAAGGGUUUGUGCCCUUGGGCAGUUAAAAAUCACAGGAAGACCUGCUUUGAUGGGACAUCAGAUCACCUAAUGUGGAAUUAGCUAUUCCAUGCUGUCAGAGCACCUGUCAAGAACGCCCUGUGUUCCUUCUGUGACAAAUCCUGUUCCUCUUGCUCAUGUUGAGUCACUGUGUGUGGAAGGUUCCUUCUCUCUCUGCCCAUGAAUAGAGCUCCUUACAUUGUUUGUUGCCUUGAGGCAGUCAUGUUCUGUUUUAUUUCUGUACACAAGCUGCAGCAGUGCAUUUUGUUGCAGGAUGUCUUGUCCUUACCACUGGGGCCCAGAGUUAGGCAAUCCAACAAGGCACGCUGAAAGAUCUUGCCAAGGUUUGUCUGAGCACCAGCUGUGCUUUCCCAUUAGAAGGCUGCCUGCUGUCAGCACUGUCUGCUCUGCCUGUGCAUCCAUCUGACUCAAAAGUUUCAGACGGAAAGCGCACACGCCUUUGAUUCUUUAAGUUAAGAUUUAACUAAUGAUGGUGGGUGACUCUGUGAACUGCUUUAAAGGGGAAUCUUCAGUGUGCCGUCACUUGUUAUGUAGCUUUCAGAAAGGGAAUUACUAGCUUGUGUGAUGUUUGAAGAUGCAGCAUUUCACUUCUGACUAAGGAGCGGCACAGAGGGUCAUGUAUUGGAUCAAUCUUGUUCUCACACUUAACUGAUCAUUUAACUCCUUUCUCACAAUGAACUAACAGCUUCUGUUCUGGCUCUGGCUGCUCAGUGAUUUACCAAGAAACUUAUUUCUAACACAGGUGCCUGUAACCUUUUACUCGGAGCAACACUACAAGGAUAGUAAUCAAGAACUGGAUUAGUAUCGAUGGCAAAAGUUAGGGGUAGUAUGGGGCACUCUUCCCUGCCUCGUGGUUUCCCGUGCAGUGUUAAUACGCGGUUUUGAAUUGUUAACUUACUGUGAGCCAUUCCAAUGGUAGCAACUUACCUUUCCAUUUGUUUUUUGCACUGUUUUUUUGUUAUGAGAUGAUGUAAGCUAAUUCCACUGUGUAUAUAAAUUGUAUUUUUUUUAAAUUUGUAUGAAUAUAUUUUUAUUUGAACUAUGGCACUUGGGAAGUAUUCAUGUAACCAUAACAUAUCUGAGAGUAAAAUGUUUGUGUGUGUCUCCUUCAGCACUUUCAAGGCCUUUUGAUGUUCCUAGUGUUGUUUUAUUUUUCACCCUUAUUAUAAUAAAACUGGUAAAACAUGCCUACAUCCAAGAACAUGA